AUGAGGCACCAGGCCCACAGCCAGAACCAGAGCCACAGCCAGAACAAGAACUGCAGCCAGAACCAGAGCCACAACCAGAACAAGAACUGCAGCCAGAACCAGAGCCACAACCAGAAGAAGAGCCACAACCAGAACAAGAACUGUAUCCAGAACCAGGAGCCACAACCAGAACCAGGGCCACAGCCAGAACAAGAACUGCAGCCAGAACCAGAGCCACAACCAGAACGAGAGCCACAGCUAGAACAAGAACUGCAACCAGAAACAGAGCCGCAACCAGAACCAGAGCCACAGCAAGAACUACAACCAGAACCAGAGCCACCAAGCCAUAACAAGAGCCACAGCCAGAACCAGAGCCGCAGCCAGAACAAGAACUGCAACCAGAACCAGAGCCACAGCCAGAACCAGAGCCGCAACCAGAACCAGAGUCGCAUCCAGAACCAGAGAACAGCAACCAGAACACUCUCCAUCAAGCAGACCUUGUUGCUGAGAGACAUAAAACCAUCAGUGAACACAGUAAGAGAGUACGCUAAUCCAUUUCAUGGUUAUGGCCAUUGA